AUGCAGGUGCAUGCACACGAAUCUGGUUUGUGUAUCAACCACAGGGACUUGGAACAAGGCUACACAAAGGUAUACAGAGCUUUGUUGGAGGCAACAGGAGGGAGAGUUAUCGUUGUGAUUGGAGGCGAUGACAACUACAAGAGCGAAAGCGAAGAAAACGAGUCUUUCAUCUCGCAUUGGGCGAAGAGAAGAAUUGCACUUCCGCAGUUUAGACAGGAGUUGAUUGAUGGAAGAAAAAGCUUCGUGUUUUCGUGGAACAAAAGUUCCAAAGCAAUUCACGUGGAGGCUCUGGUACAUUAUUUCGACCCGAAUGCGCAGGGAAGGAAAUUUGAGCAUCAAAGCCAUAAAAGAAGCAUACAGUCCAAACCUCAAACACCAUCAUUCGCAAAUGUUACAGAUCUGGAUCCUGAUCUAACAUUGGCAUCAUCUGUGGCCAGCCUUGAGAUCGGAGUUAUAAGCAACAGCAGUGGAGCUGUCAUGGGAAGAUUGCUCCAAAUACCCAGCAGCCCGUACUGGCGACACAACUCUCGGUAAACCCGCCUCCUGUUGUUUUACUGAGGGGUAUCGCUCGAUACGGAAAGAUAUCUGAUAAAUUAGGUGACCUUCAAGUUUGGGACCCUGAAUACAAAAUUCCAGGUGAUAUUCAAGACAGGCUGCUUCAAAUGUGCAGAAAUAGCCCUGUGACUGGAGUACGAAUCAAAAGGUACAGUGAUGGCAGAACUGAGUGUCACCGCACUCGAAAUAUAAAACCUUGUUCGCUAGACAGUGAAAAAACACUAGCUGCGGAUGAAAAACUCGUAUUGAAGACUCGUGUGCGCGAGGGAAAGGUCUCUUUUGAAGACGCCGAUGUGCAAUUUAAGUUCGCAAAUUUGUAUAUUCCUCAAUACGUUAUCGAUAGUUUUACAGAAAAGGAUAAUGGUAAACUAGUGUACAUCAUUUCAGAUAGGGAACACAAAUUUCGAUGUGUAGUAAAACGUGAGGGUGUUGGCGAGACAGCGAAAGAAUUUGGGGAGAAAGAGCAUUUCUUAUGUUUUCCCAAGUCAAAUUGAUACCUUGGAAGGAAUGCCAUCCAUUCCUUAAAGUUACAUCUGUGGCUACCAGUUAGGGAAUUUGCUUUUCGAAACUUAUCACUUGAUAAUCAGAUUUUUUUUAUGAAAUGAUCAGAUAUAGCAUCGCAUAAAUAUGAUGUUAAUGUAUUUACCUUUCUUCACAAAAGUAUUUAGAAUUUCCUAAUUAGUCGACUCAUUAUAACACAGCCAAGAAAUCAUAGUAGUCUUCAACUUUCACUCAACUCGCUCAUAGCCUCUUCCAGUUGUCCAGUCCGUGAAACUAAGCGUGAGGAUAAAUGACGCGAAGGUUGCGGCUGAGCAAACUUGCGACUUGCGACUUGGCCCUUACAGAUUGUGUGACUUUUUGGCAUGAUCAGAAAAAAACGAGUACAAUUUUUGCUCCUUUUUCAAAAAAAGCACUGCAGCCCAUUCAGCAUAUUUUAGUUGUUUUUUUUUUAACGGAACAUAAUAAGAGUCAUGAAACGUGAUGCUAACAUCGUAAAUUUUCAUACAUUAAUUCACUGCAGUUUUUUGUCAGAACAAGGGUGCUUCUCCAAAUGAAGUGAAAUAUCAUGCUCCAUUAACCAUAAAUAUAUAAUUUUAAGCAUAAUUUUCAAACAAUCGUGCCGUGCUAGUAGCAUAACAUGCUACUUUUACUAGGACAGUAAAUAUAUAUUGCAUAUUGAUUUACAGAAAUAGAAGAGAUAAUAAUCGGGUGAUCGGUGGAAUGGCGGAUUAUCUCAAGACGCAGAAUGACGGAAUAUCCUUAAAGUGUAGAAUGCCUUGUAUGAAACAAAAGUCGCAGAAAAUGGAAUUGCAUUAUUAUAAGAAAAUUAUUUACAAUUAACAGGCGAAAUUGAGAGAUGCCUAGCCUCUUUAAAUUUUAUUAU